AACGAACGGCGCUGCUACCGAUCUUUCUCUUGUGCUUGUGCUUGUCGAACGACCGAUCGCUUGCUUGUUCUUCGAUCUAUCGUAGUAGCUUCCACGCCUGAUAAGCCGAAAAAGGCUGAUGGUGGUGAUAAAGAGGUUGCUAUAGAGUUGUGUGUGUUUACUACUUGGUUGUUGUGGUUGAUUUUAGUAAUCUGGUAACUGGAUAGUCAUAAAUCGCUACCACAGGUCAUUUUCGCUACUCAACUAGUCGUGCUGUGCUGCUCUAGGCGAGCGUCGCUUGUCGGCGCUCGCGUCGCUUUUGGAAUACCUUCGCAAAGAGAGCUGUUGCAUCCAUCAAAACAACCUUCCCAAGAUCUAUUGAUUGGAUUCGCAGUAUACCUACGGUACGGUAUAUAGCGUCACGAUGGCACCACUGGAUUUUGUAUGGGUGGAUCCGCUGUGGAAAAUUGAAGAUCCCAAGGGUCCUUCCGUGUUGAAGCAAAUGUCGGCCAAAGUGGCGCGAUCCAAAGUCGAUGCUUGGUUUGUGGGACACGUACGUUCCACAAAGACUGGUCUGUUCAAAGUCAACCAAGUAUACAAGGACGCCCAGGCUGUCGUAUCCCACAAUACCGAUGUGGAGGAUGAAGUGGGCGAUUUUCAAAAACUACAAGGCGUCGAAUUGAUCAUUCAUCACAUUCACGCGCCCAAGGAAGAACUGGAAAAGCUCAAAACGGGCUAUACGAUCUUGACCGGUCCCAACGUGCACUUUUGUGAACUCUUGCCGGGUGGAAUUUGCAACAUUACACGGUUGGAACCCAACGACGAUGAAGUGGGCCUACCCCACAACCAUGUGACCAUUCGCCCUAAACAGGAAAUCAAGGAUUGGUCCAAAUGGGAUGCCUUUGUCCAAGACACCGUCAGCCGCACUGCUACCGAGACGGGCAAUCUAUUCUAUGGGUACAGCCGCAAGGAAGGAACCGACGAAAUUUUUGUCUUGGAAGCCUACGAGGAUGGAGAUGCCGUUAUUCGGCACAUGGAAAGCAUUGGUCCCGUUCUGCAACAGUACAAGGAUAUGUUUAAUCUGCUCAGUAUUGACCUAUUUGGUCCUCCAGCAGAACUGGAAAAGGUCAAGCCCAUCUUUGAUCCCCUGGGCGCUGACUAUUAUGAAAUUCUGGACGGGUUUAGUCGCUUUGAAAAAUAAUUGUAGACAAGAACUCAACCUUGACCUUGUGCCAUGCAGCACAAUGGGUCGUAGUAUCAGUAGUUUAUUAGAAAUUAGUUGCCGUUGCUUGU